UUGUCAUCAGAUGUAAUGAGGAUUGCAGACACGCCAAGUGGAUCGGACAUGUACGCCUGACUCUCAUUAAAGUCCCUCAAUCCAUCGGAUCGUAGCCGUUCGCUCUCACUGCUGUAGUUUGUGCACUGGAAGUCUCUGUAGCAUGUCAGCCCGAUGUCCAGUUCAAUGCUGGGCGCCUUCUCGGCGUCCUCACUCAUUCCUGCAAGUCGGAAUUUCAUGCCAUUGUAUAGAGUGACGUCACCGCUCAGCUUCCCUCUCCACAACUCCUCGAUUUUGACGUCAUGCUCGGCAUGUGACUUCCUGUUGAAUUUUGAUUGAAAAUUGACGCGCACCUGUUGCUUCGAAAUUCCAGGAGAGUAGCAAUGCCACAUGAGACAAAACGUCUCUUUGGAAAACUCACUGCCCGCCAUUUAAUCCUCGGAAUCCUGACCUUUUGUUUGCGCAUGCUCAGUUAGUAAGUAUGGCGUUCUUAGUGUGUUUGCUCUGUGCUUGGUUUGUGUGCGUCGUGAACUGUUCACAAUGCUCUAACUUGUCAUGUGAAACUGUCUUCGAUCCAAGAACGCCUCUCGUUUACUGCCACAUGCUACCUCUGGAUUUUAUUGAUUGCGAUGACCCGUAUGACACUCCUAGAAGAAACUUGUCAUAUUACAAUCCAGAGAACUACUGCGAAGGGAACGAUACGCAAGGACAGCAGAAGUACCAGGAUGUUCAUCGUGUUUAUGUGUGGUGUGACGUGCUGGAGGGAAUAGAAUGUUUUGGUGACAGACAGUUUCUGAGCAACUUUGAAGUUCCAUGUGUUAAGUACACUGGUCACUACUUUUUGUCAACGUUACUCUACUCUCUUCUUUUGGGCAUCUUCGGCGUCGAUCGUUUUUGUCUCGGUCAUACGGGAACUGGCGUAGGCAAGCUACUCACACUUGGAGGAGUCGGCGUCUGGUGGAUUGUAGAUAUCAUACUCAUCAUACUUGGUGAACUAAGACCAGCCGAUGACAGCAACUGGGAACGAUAUUACUAGAUAGAAUGUCUAGCUUAUACAAAUUGAUUACAAAUGUAUGUAUUCGGUAGUUUGGUGACUCUGUUGUAAUUACAUAAUUUACGUAGAUAAUUUUUAUAAUUGCUUGGAUUUGCGUUGUUUUUUGAAUCUGUAAUUGAUAGUUUGUUUAU